AUGUCCAAGAAACUCCCAACUAUAUCCGUAACUGCCGACAAGCGAUCCACCCAUUCCGACUUAUCCUCCUCAUCGUCAUCCCAAGACACAGAUAGCAAUGACAUGGACUAUGGGCGCAAUGGCGGCGGGGGCGUAACCGAUGUCGAAGAUUUCGACAGUCAGGUGGAGGUACUAAAGCCAAGCUCCCGUCGAAAUUCUUGUAAAUCCUCCCUGAAGCCCAAAGCUCAUCCUAAAGCGAAUACGGGAGACAACGAUGUGACUGAUGUGGAGGACUACGACACAGAAUCGGAAGAUGAUGAGAAGAGCACAGCAUACCCAGAACUAAAGCUGUCGCUAAGGGAGUUCCUCCAGCAGGGACUCCAGAACCAAGAAGUCGUCGAUAAUGAUGCCAAGGAGAGCUGUGAGAUUAAAGCCGGAGAUUUCGUGCAAGCACAAAACCUGAAUGGUAUGGCAGACUAUCUGACUGAUUGCGAAGACUACGACACCGAUUCCGAAGUUGGAUAUGGUUGCGAGAAAUCAGUGUGCGUUGAUCUGGAUCAAGCAAUGGGUGAUCAGGGGCGAGUAAAUAUAGCAGAUGGGGAGAAGAACCAAGACGACUCCGAUCAAUAUGAAGAUGUUUCUGUGAUUAGCGAUAUAAGCGAUUUGGCCUCAGCCAUGUCCGAUUGCACUGGUAUUGGGGUGCGUGGCAUGUCCGAGGAUGAAGUUUUGGAGGUAUCCGAUAGUGGUCAUGAAGAGGUUUGCAACAUUGCCUGCUCGGAAUCAGAGUCCGAGUCUGAGGGAGCAGCUGCGUUUAGCCAGAGUGCAAGUGAGACUAGUUUUCCUGCAAUUGACGUGGCCUUCGUAAGUGCCAGUGGACAGCCACGUCGAAACUCGAAAUGCAGUAUACCCACGUCUGGACAGAAGAAUUUCCUACAGCUGGCUUCAAAAAACGAAGAGGUUUUAACUGACGUUGAGGGUAUUGACGACUCGGCCGCCGAAGAUAGCUUUGACAACGAGGAGGAGGACGAACAACCCAUACCACGUGCCAUAAUCCUUGCCUCUGGCGAUGAUGGCACCUGUCUCACUGAUGUCGAGGACAUGUUCUGUGAAGAGAGUUCCCAAUCCACCACUGCUGAACCGGAAAUUCGUUCAAUUUGCCACGAGGCCUUACCACUGCCCCAUCGCGAAGUAGUAGAACUGAAGGAGGAUAAGUACGGAGACACAAUUACCAAUGUCAUGCCCAUGGACACGAACUACGAGUUUGGCAUUUACAACCACCUAAAGGACAUGAUCCACACCGAUUCCGAGGACUAUUCGUGUGCCGAUGAAUGGAGUCUUCAACGUUCAGUUGCUGAAGAUGCUGCAAUGGGAGGACCGAGUCUAAUUGAAAACGAAGUAAUUGUAUCCAAUGAACUAUUGAAGCAGCAGCAAAACAAGCGCCUGGAAGUACAGACCAAUGCCGAAUCCGUAACCGAUGUUGAGGAAAUCUUCGUGGCCGGAAUAAAUCGCCGCAAGAAGUUGAAGACCCGCACUCUAAGCAAAGGCAAGAAUAAACUACUGGACGCCGUGAAGGGCAAAGAGGAUGGAGUCACAGAUGUCGAAGAUAUGGACCUGAGUGAAUGCGGUUUGCCUUUGGGUGUGAAGCGCGUGGAACAGCUUAAGCAACAGGCAAAGGGAUUAAAUGCAGACAAAACCUCAGAAUCUGAGGAUGUAUCCACCGACGAUGUCUCCGACAUCUCAGACGUCUCCGACGUACCACCGCCAUCGACAGGUGACAAAACUAGCGGCAAGACAAAGCCACAACCGCUUCACUUCCGUCUGCUAAAGGAUGAUAUGCAAAAUCAGGAACAUACCGAUGUUGAGGACGUUCAGUUGCCUUCGGAUGCGGAGGAUGCGCUGGAACCACCGGCCGUUCCACUGGCCAACAGCAAUAGUAAGGAGCUGAAUGAUAUGUUGAACGAGAGCUAUACGGUGGUGCACGAGAAGAGUGGUCGCAGUUUCAACAGCGAGGCCGAGAAGCUACAUGCCAAAGGCGUGAUCCGAGAUGCCCAUACCGACGUUGAGUAUGUUGAGUCUGACGAGUCAGCCGCCAGGGGAGGCAACUAGCGUGCUUCCCGUGUCCGCAGCCAAUCCGACUCGAAUCAGUCCCAAGCAGUUGCCAAAAUAAAUCUCAACAAUAGUUAAUAAGUGUUCAUAGAUACGAAAACCCAACACACACACUCUCAAGCAUUUUAAACCCUUCAGGAAAAAAAAGUAGACCUAUCCAGUCUGGAUACCGCAAAGAUCUCACAUGAAAUUGACAAGGCGCCCUUCUAGACGAAGCACUAAUGAAGGAGUUUCUGGAUGAGGAACGCAUCUUUACCGGCUCUGAACAUCACCGAUUUCAAAUCGAACAGCGAGAGGGAUUUAUUAAUUAGCAAAUUUGACAUUUUCCAUCUACACAGACACACACACACACACAUUUUUAAUGAUAUUGAAGUGCAUACACGAGUUUUUAAAGGCAAAUAUAUAUAUUUUAUAUAUUUAUAAAAACUAUAAAAUCGCAAACAUGAAUAUGAAUACGAAUAUGAAUAUGGCAAAAAUUAGCCGUUCAACGCAUUUUCUUAUUGGCUUUAAUGUUUAAAAAUAUAAAUAAAGUUACGGCAGAAACCGAAAAUCUUUGUGCUAGGCGUUGUAAUGGAAUACACCUUUGCUUUUAAUUUGAUGUAGUUAUUAUAUAUGUACAUGUACGAAGGAAACUUAUUAUUAAAUGAAUCGCUUAUUAUUGUAGUUUAAUUUAAGCAAUUAUACAAACGCAUGUGAAAAAGGGGACGCAAUGAAAUAGUUAAAGCGUGGCAAGUGAAAUGCUUUUAAAGUCUCAUUUUUUACCAGAACCAAGCAAAUUUUUUCGCUUGCAUAUUUUAACAGUGAAAUAUACAUAAAUAUACAAUCUGAAAAAGAAUGCAUAGAUCAAAUUUAAACCAUAUACAAACAAAAUAUGAACUUAAUUCACAUAGAAAUACCAAAAAAAAAAAAAACAACAGCCAUUAAGUGUAUCGCUAAUUUUCGUAAUGCACAUCUUGCGUGAACGAGUAUUUGUCAAAGAACCUAAUUAUUGAAAGGAUUUAAACGUUUUAGCAUCACCACUGUAAUGGAAUAUGAAUAAAAAAAAAUAAUAUUUGUGUUAAAAACAUACAAGAAAUAUUGAAUGAAAAAGAAAAACAUUAUUGUAUUGUAAACCCACACGCGUAUGAAUAACCAAAUAAAAUGCUUAAUACAAA